UUUCUGUUUUCAUAAUUUUGUAAAAAUAUUUGUGAGGAUCUUUGGAAGAAUAUAAAUACUAGUUUGGGGACCAAAAACUAGCACUUAACCUUAUCAAAAGGAUAGAAACUUUGGAAAUACUGUUAGGAUAUAAUUAUGUUGUGAGAUAUAUUUUGUGAAUAUAUUUGUAUAUAUCUUGUUAGGAGUUUUUGGCAUGUUAGAUUAAGGUUGUAAGCCUAUAUAUACGUGUUUAAUGGUAAAGGCUCAUUAAGCCGUUUUCUCUUAAAUUUCUUGUGAGUUUAACAUGGUAUCAAGAGCCCUCUAAUUUAUAAAUUUUUUUACGUUCUUCCCUGCUUCCAUUUUCUUUGUGUAUUCUUUGUGUGUAAGUCAAUUAGUUUCGGUGUGAUGACUGGUGGUGAAAUUCCGCCUCCGCCUCCUAAGGGUCCUCGUUAUGAGCCUUUAAUUUUUCUGCGUAUUACCUUCAUCCGAGUGAAGGUACGGGUGCGGUUAUCAGCCCUAUUAUGUUGAAGGGGAUAAUUAUGAGGAGUGGUCUCGUUCUUUGCGUAAUAAUCUUCAUGCUAAGAACAAGUUUGGUUUUAUUGAUGGGACUAUUGCCUUGCCGGAUAAAACUUCUCCAAAUUAUGAUCAAUGGGGUAUUGUUACUCUAUGCUCGUUGCUUGGAUUGUGAAUACCUUGGAUGUUUCGGUGCGUUCUACUGUUCGUUUUCAGACCAUGUCAAAUCCUUGUGGGAUGAUCUACGUGAUAGAUAUUCUCUUGGCAAUGGUCCUCGUAUUCUUGAGUUAAAGGCGCAGAUCGUUGAUUGCAAGCAACGUGGAAGGUCGGUAGCUGUUUAUUUUGGUGAAUUGCGUAGGUUGCAGGAUGAAUUGGCUAGCUAUUGUAAAAUUCCUAAGUGUUCUUGUAUUGCUGCCCCGGAGUAUGCGAAGAUCAUUGAGAGUGAGUUGCUUCAUCAAUUUUGUAUUGGUUUAGAUAGAUCCGAAAAAAAUAAGUAGUGUUAUGUCGACUUUGCUAAUGAUGGAUCAUGUUCCCUCACUCAAUGUGGCAUAUGCCAAGGUUGUCUCUGAUGAACGCAAGCAAACUGUCUCGAAUGUACAUGAUAAUCUUCCGGAAAGUGCUGUUGGGUUUGCUGCGUCUGGUUCGGCUCAGGGUCGGACAAAUUGGUCGAGUGGUGGAGAUGUUCGUAUGUGUGGCCGUUGUGGUAAAAAGGGGCAUGUGAAGGAGGAGUGUUUCGACUUACAUGGCUGGUCCGAUUCCUUCAAUUCUGCUGGGCGCGAUGGUCAGCGCAGUGGCAGGUCUGGCCGUGGGGGUGGCCACGGCAGCCGUGGUGGUCAUACGACAGAUUCUGGUGGCCGUGGUUUUGCUGCGAAUGUGAGUGGUUCUCAACAGUCAAGUGCGCAAGAUAUUAAUGACAAUGAUCGUGGCUCGGCUCCUACUUUGACUGAUGAACAGUGGCAGCAAUUUAUAAGUGCAAUUAAAAGUGCAAAGCCCACUAAUUUUUCUUCUGAUCAGACUUUUCAUGGACCGCACUUUGGAGAACUUGAUUGGAGCGGGGGUGCAGUAUAAUGGGGUCUAUCUCUUCCGGCCGGUUCGUGCUCGUAACUUUCAAACAAAUUCAGUAGCAGUUCCAGAUGCAAGUAUGUUAUGGCAUAGGCGUUUAGGUCAUCCUUCGAUGAAAGUUGUUUUAUCUUUACCUGGAGUAGUUAGUAGUAGUAAGAAUAAAAAGUGUGGUGUGUUUGAUUGUCAUAUUUGUUUUAUGGGUAAAGAGCCCCGUAACUCUUUUCCUUUAAGUAUGAA